AUGGAAGCAGAAGAAAGACAAGAAAGCCAUAGAAAAGAGUCGAAGGUUAGGGCUUUGAUUGAAAGGGCAACAAACUCCACCGCACCCGAUGUUGAUCACCGCCUCCUCAAAGCCAUUAAAAUCGUGGUCCGAUAUUCCGAUUCGGAGCUCCGUUUAGCUUCUCAAACCCUAAUGGAUCUCAUGAAGCGCGACCACUCCCAGGUUAGGUACCUUGCAUUUCAAAUAAUUGAUGAACUUUUUAUGCGAUCGAAGCUUUUUAGGACACUUGUUGUUGAGGAUUUGGAUCAGUUAAUGUCCUUGAGUGUUGGGUUUCGGAGAAGUUUGCCGCUUCCUGCUCCUCCGUCGGUUGCAUCGCUUUUGCGUUUGAAGGCGAUUGAAUCUUUGGAGAAGUGGAAUGUGUCGUUUGGGGUUCAUUACAGACAACUUAGAUUGGGUUAUGAUUACUUGAAGAAUACGCUCAGGCUUCAGUUUCCUAAUAUACAAGCUAAUGCAGAGAGGAUUCGGCAAGAGAGAAGGGAGAGGGAGAGGAAGUCGAAAGAGAUUUUGUUGAACAAGUAUGAAUCUUUGAAAGGUGUAUUCUCUUCUAUAAAGAGGGAGAUGUUGUCUACGAUGGAUGAGAUUGAUGGGUGUUUAGACAUUUUGCAUUCUAAACAGGAGAUUGAGUCAAGUGAUAUCUUAGACGAUGAAGAGGUUAAUGACUUUCGUUCUUUGGAGCUGCAACAGCUUCGUCGCGAAGCAUUGGAUGAAGAGGAAAAAGUUUAUGAGAGCAGCGAUAACAAGGUAGUUUUUGAUGCGUUGAGGGAGAUGUACAAACUUCUGGUGACAAAGCACUUGGUUUCCAUCCAAGAAUGGGUUUCUGUUCUGGUAAGAGUUGAAGUAGUUGACAAUAGAUUUAGAGAUUCUACUUUGAAGGAGUUCAUUGAUAUCCAAAACCGUCUUAAAUCGGUUAAAAAGAGAUGUGAGGAGGCAGGCUGCUCUCUUCUAAACACAUCAAAACUUGAUGGGGAAGAAGAUUUUUGGGAAGAGGGGAAUGCUGUAUCCAUCGAAACUUCAUCUAGUAUGCCCGAUAAUAAAAAUAAACAUUCUGACUCAUCUAAUACGCCCGAUAAGAAAAAGAAACACCCUAGUUCAUCCAGUACGCUCGAUAAGAAAAAGAAACAUCUUGCCUUGGCAUCAACUUCGCAUAAUAUGAUUAGUGAUAAUCUUGGCUCGUACGCUGAAGAGUCUAAAAGCUCUAACACAAACAGACUACUUCUUGGAGGAAAUGAAUCGGAGUCAAACCCUGCGAGGAGUAAACUUUUGACCAAAGCUCCAGUGGUAAGAUGGGGUUCUCACUUGGAUACUUGGGGUUCAAACAAGGUUUUUAUGGCCAACCAGCGGGGCUUGGAUAUUGAAAGUCACUGGGGUAGGGUAGAUGAUGAUGCGGUUAUUCCAUCAGAUAAAAUAGCUGAAUUGAGUGUUCCGGCAAUGCCUUAUGAAGAAAUUCUAAUUGAGAUUGAACCAUGCCGUGCUCCACUGAGGAAAGGGGGACUCUGUCAAAGAAGAGAUAUGAAAAGCUGUCCAUUUCAUGGACCUAUCAUUCCUCGAGAUGAUGAAGGGAAGCCACUUAAACCAAGUCCAUCAGAAGACGUGGAUGUUAAUAUAAAGACUGAUUUAGCAGAGCAGUUAGCAAAACAAGCAGUAAAGAAUGUUCGUGAAACAGACAAAGAGGCGUCCAAGAAGAGAGAAAUUGAUAAACAGGCAUUGAAACGUGCUAAACUUGCUAAAAUUCGGGAACACAAUGACGCAGUUUUACGAGACGCUGCAUUGGCUUCAAGUUCAGCUGUCUUUGGAGAAGAUGAUGAGGUAACAAAGAGAGACAAGAAAGCAAGUCUUGCAUCCAUGCUGAAAAAGAAAGUAACAUCAAAAGAUAGAAUAGCUCAGAAGCUUUUGAGUUCAAGGGCAAGAUAG